AUGGUUGAACGUAAUCCCACCCAUCGACAGGCUCGCCGCUCCAGAUCCGGCUGUAACACCUGCAGAGCGAAAAAGGUCAAAUGCGAUGAACUGCACCCAGCUUGUGGGAGAUGCACCAGGCUGCAUUUAGGAUGUGAAUGGCCGGCUGGUGGGCCGCCCCUACGCGAGAGACGUCGACUGCAGCGCGUCUGGAGAUGGCGUGAGGGUUUUCAGCCCGCUACCAUCUUGCCCAAGGAUGAUGCAUCGCUGAGCAGUAACAGCUCUGCCAAUAGUCUAGAUGGCUUAAAUCUUACUUCUGAUUCUACCGGAAGUGCUCCAGAGCCCAAGGGCCCUCCUGUCUUUGACUUUGGCUCGCCUGGCUUUCCCGAAGCCCUGUCUUCCGACCCCGACUUCAACUUUUCCUCAGACAACAACAACAACAACAACGACCUUGAUUUCAAUCAAAAUGACAAUAAGAAUUAUAAUGAAAACAUACUGCCGGACUGGCAGGAUCUCAUCACUACAUAUCCCUCAAUCUUUUUCCCAGAUUUGUCCGCGUCUUCGGUCUUGUCAGGUUACAACAUGUCUCUUCCAUGUUCAAUUGUGAUGACCAAAAACGAACAUCAGGCCUUGGAUCAUUACUCGACAACAUAUUCGACGUCAUUUACACUGAAGCAUCCAAAAUGGUCAACGCUUAGCAUGAUCAAAAACAUCGCAUGGGCAGAGCCAAUGAUCAUGCAUCUUUUAAUGGCCGUAUCACUCAAAGACCUCUGCUGGCGCCGUGAAAACGAAAAUCUACGCCGAAGUGCAGAAUUGCAUUAUCAGCAUGGCACAAAGCUCCUUGCCGACGAAAUGGCCAAUCAGGCAGUAGCUACAAAACAUGUGUCGAUCCUCAUUUCAUUCUGGUUUCUGUACUUGUACAAAACACAAUCGACUAAUGUCGAUGUGGGUUUCUUAAAGAAGCUCAGUGCAUGCGCUCUCGAUCAUGUUCAACGAUACAAGCUCGAUUCUGUCUGUGAUAUACCAACCCCUCUCUCUCAAGGCAACCCUGAACAAGAAGCAGGUCCUCAGCUUCUUUCGGCCAAGGAAGGGAGCUUGAUUGCACUGAUGUUGAUAUGUCUGUAUUAUCAAGACAUCAAAUACGGCUUCUACCAUUGUGGAGGGAAAUUGGCGAAGUACUUAAAUACAAAUAAGCAGCGAUUGGCACAAGUCUAUGACUUAGGCAAAUAUGCUCCCGUACUAAAUUGGGCGGAAGAGUACCCCGUGCAGGAGCUGGUCGACGAUACGCAAAAUUAUGCUAUUCUGAAACUCAACAAUGAAUUGAGCAUAUUGUUGGAAGAUAUGAACAAAGAAUUUGUGUUUACUCGCCACGACCCAGCACGAGAUGCCAUGUUCUCCAGCGAACUGGAUUCUAUCAAAAUUCGCUUUGCCCCGGUCUUUGCACUAGUUAAUAACGAUCAGCCAUCGAUCUCGUCUUCGUCUUCAGCUUCAUUUUCAUCUUCAUUAUCCCCACAGAGUCGAACAUGUAUUAAUGCCGACCUCAGCGUGGCGUUUUAUCACGGCGUUCGUAUAUAUCUCUUUCGCAGUACACUGCAGUCCCUUGAUGUGCCAACGCCUCCGGCCGUGCAGGAAUCUGUUGAUAUGAUCUUGUCUAUUGCACUCAGACUGUUCAAUUCUGGUGGAAGCUUUUCUUCCUUGGGUCUAGGUAGAGAAGAUGCUUUAUUCCAUCGCAUUGAAUGGCCAUUGUUCAUUGCCGGAGUGGAAUCGAAGGAUAUAAUCCACCAGGACUGGAUUCGGCAAAAGAUGGGCGAGAGAAAUACCAAAGUGGCAUUAGAGCGGGUUUUGCAAGAGCAACAGCUUACGAGAUUAAGAGUUGGAGUGGAGUUUAUGAGACAAGUGUUUUGUGAAGAUGAUCGGUUUCGCCGCUCCUCUGCUCCUGGCGGACAAAGAAAACUUCAUGCUAGUGAUGAUGUUUUCCAGCCAUAUUGA